UUCACCGGUAAAAGUACAGCGCUUAGAGAAAAUCGGAGAGCUAAAUUUUCCAGCCAGAAAAUCAGAGAGCUAAAAUUUUCCUGCGAGAAAAUCAGAGAGACUGGAAAUUUCUUCUUCUUCUUCUUCUUCUUCUUCUUGAGCUUCAGGUAGAUUCAAUUUAAUUUUGGAUUCGUCUCCAUUUGGAUAUAAUCUUCAAGAGAUGUAUAAUCCUAAUCAAGAGCUCAUCUUCUCAGUGUUGAAGUUUUUUAAUGAGAAAGGUUACAAAGAAACUGCUCAUAUGUUUGAGCGCGAAAGUAAAUGCUACUUUAACAGGAGAUAUUUUGAGGAGAUGGUACUAAGUGCAAACUGGGAUGAAGCAGAGAAAUAUCUUUCUGAUUUCACACAAAUUGAUGACAAUCAGCACUCAACCAAGACCUAUUUUCUGAUCAGAAGGAAUAAAUUCCUUGAGGCACUGGACAGAAAUGACCGUGCCAAAGCCUUGGAGAUCUUCAAGAAGGAUCUUAAAACGUUUAGUGAUAGAAGUGUAGAUCUCUACAAAGAAGUGGUUCAACUUAUGACAUUAGAUGAUAUAUGGAAACAUGAUUCACUCUCCAAGUACGGGAAUUUAGGGAAUGCAAGUAGAAAUACAGUGCUACAACUGAAUUGGAUGAUUGAAAUGAAUCCCCUUUUCAUUGGCAAGCUGGAGUUUCCUAGCAUUGUGAGCCAGAGUUUGCAGUGUCUCUUUAACCAAAGGGUUGAAAGUGGCUAUUGCUUUGACAUGAAAUAUUUUGAGGAGAUGAUGCUAAGUGGGAACUGGGAUGAGGCAGAGAAAUAUAUUUCUGGUUUCACAAAGAUUGGUGACAAUAGCUACUCAAAUGAUAUCUUUUUGCUAAUCAGGAAGUGUAAGUUCCUUGAGGCACUGGACAGAAAGGACCAUGUCAAGGCUACAGAGAUCCUCGUAAAUGAUCUUGUAAUGUUUAAGCCAAUUAAUGGAGAUUUCUUCAAACAAAUGGCUCAGCUUUUGAAAUUAGAUGAUAUAUGGAAACAUAAAUCAGUCUUGGAGUUUGAGGAUUUUGAGUCUCUUAGGAGGAAUACAGCUCUACAACUUAAGAACAUAAUUGAGGCAAAUCCCCUUUUCAAUAGCAAGCUGAAGUCUCCUAGCAUCAAAAGCCAGAGUGAUCUGGAUGACGCUGAAUCUAGCAAAAUCUCUAAAACUGAGAGAAAGGAUACAUAUCUGAAUAAUGCGGUGGGUAUAAAAUGGCAAUGUAUGCGGCUAAGUUAUACAGAAGGAUACGACAUAUCAGCGCUGACCUACACAAAUGAAGGUGAUGCAGUUUUGUUGCUAUUAACAAAUGCUCAUAUACUUUGGAAAUGGCCAGGGCAGGUAAAUGCCAUCGAUCGACCUUGGAUAUGUCAACCAAAGGAUGCCUUCACGAUGAAGAAUGAAUAUGGAGGCAUCAACCAUGAAGUGGUUGAUCCCUACUUUGCUUUGAGCACGAAUGAUUCAUAUCUCUAUUCAGCCUCUGGAGGGAAAGUUUCUGUGUUCAACAUGAAAACAUUAGAGAAAGAGGAUAGCAUCAUGCCUCCACCGCCUGCAGCAACAUGCAUUGCUAUUGACCCUGAUAGCAACAAAGUUGCUAUUGGAAUGAGAAAUUCCACAAUAAUAAUAUAUAACCGUCUUUCAAAGGAGAUUGAAGCUGAGCUUGUGGGUCACACUGGAAGAGUUACUGGCCUUGCAUUCUCAAAAGCUCUGAAUAUACUUGUUUCGUCUGGUGCCGAUGCAAAGAUUUUUACAUGGAAUGUAAAUCGGUGGAAGAAAAGGCUAAAGACAUUAUUGCUUCUUCGACCAACAUUAUACAUCGACAUCUGGUUUCACCAGGAUCAGCGACAUUUUCUUCUUGUACACAAAUAUCGCCUUGCAAUUUAUAGAGCUUAUACACUAAAAUGUGAACUUAAGUGGACUCCAUCUAUUCGUAUACCAAUUUCCUUUGCAAAAUUCUCAUGUGAUGGCCAAGUAUACGCUAGCUUUUGCAACGGAGAUAUAAUCAUUUUUGAUGGUUCGACAUUAGGACCGCUUUAUGUAAUUCUAGGCGAGGUUUACAUGGAGAAAAACAGGUCUUUUGGGCACACACCGGUUAUUGCUGCACAUCCAAAGAAACCAUACCAGUUUGCUGUUGGCCUCAGCAACGGUGAUUGCUAUGUCAUUGAAAAAGAAGAAACAGCUUUUGACCCCCUAAAGAUGAGUUGAUUGAUCAUCUACCAUUAGCCUCUUAAAGACUCAAAGUUGAAAGGUCCCGUGGUGGAAUGAACUCUACCUUAAGCAUGUAAAAAAUUAAAUACGUAUUCUCUUACUUUCUAUUGGCGGAAUUACCACAUAAAUACAUACACAAUACGAAUGGUAUAGUAAAAAAAACUUUCUCA